AUGAGGCACGUUCAGACAGAGUUAGAACAUCACAGUUUGUGCAGCAAGUCCAGCAUUAUUAAUGAAGACCCUUCAAAGUCCAUAAGAGUCAUAUCGAGAGACCUUCAAGUUUUUCUGAGUGCACAAUCCGUCGCAUUGUCCACGAAGACAUCCGGUACAAUCCUACGUGAUGCGCAAAGGUGGCUAUGUGCGGAUCCUUCAGAUGUUCCUCAUGUUAUGCACACAAAGUUUCCGGCAACUGUCAUGGUUUUGGGAGUGGUGAACAAUGAAGGACACAUCAUGCCACCCCACUUCUUUCCUCAAGGAUUUCGGGUGAAUGCUGCUGCCUACAUUGAGGUUUUGGAAGCAGUUGUGAAAUCCUGGAUAGAUAGCGACUCUGCUCCUUCACACAAAGCCAUGACGACUCAAGAUUGGAUGUCCGAGAAUCUGCAUGAUCACAUAACCCCAAACAUGUGGCCACCUAAUUCCCCGGAUCUUAAUCCUUUGGAUUAUUACGUAUGGGGCGUUGUUGAACGAGAGACCAAUAAACAUCCCCAUAACACGCUUGAUUCCCUAAGAGCAGCUAUUACCAGAGUAAUGACGCAUAUGGAUGAGGAUUAUUUGAUUCGGGCAUGCAACCGUUUCCGGCAGAGAAUUGAAGCUGUUAUUGCCGCUGAAGGCGAUUUUAUCGAAUAA